CCCCCAUCUUUCAGGACCCCGUCUUGGAACCACCGAGCCAGCGUGGUCCUGGACCUCUUCCUCGGGGGCGGCGGGACGGCGUCCGCCAUGGCCUGGGGCCUCGGCCGCGAGCGCCCCCGCGGCGGCCGCUCCAGACCCGCGGAGCUCUUCUCCUUCGAGCGGGAGCCGGCCCAGGUGCGCAGGGCGCUGGGCGCGCGCGGCGGCCUCGGCGCCGGCUGGAGGAGGCGCCUGUGGGCGGUGCGGCGGCGGAACGCGAGCAGCCCCGAGGACCACCUGCGGCUCGGGGCCGAGCUGCGGCGCGCCCCGGUCGGUGGCGCGCUGCCUGCCGUGUGGGUGCUCGAGGGGCGGCCGUACCCCGCCCGGGAGGGCGGCGCGGCGCGCCCGGGCUACGCGCGGAACCCGCUGGACCUGCUGUGCGCCCACCGCGCGCCCGUGGACGCCGUGCUCCUGGACCCCUCGGGCGCCACCCAGUCCCUGGAGGUCGAGUGGAUGAUCAUCGAGCUCGCCUGCAGGCCCCGCUGGGUGCUCGUGGUCAACCUGAACCUUGGGGGCGGCUCGGGCGCCAGCUUCGUCAAGGGGCGGCUGGACAUGCUCGCCGCGAGCGUGGGCGGCUGGCGCCUCGAGGUCCACGGGCACUUCCUGCUCCACCACCACCGUGGCUGA